ACUAAAAAACAUGAAGGAAAAGCUCUGUGCAGCUGGUUCUUUCACUAAAAUGGAGAUGAAAGUAAAUGAAGCAAUUUCGAAGAGCAGAAUCGGCAAAUACUUCAAAUUGGAAUCUCGAAAAAGCUCAUUCACUAAAGAGUUUCGUGCUGGAACUGCUACGUUUCUUACGAUGGCUUAUAUAAUAACCGUCAACGCCAGCGUUUUAUCGGAUUCCGGUGGAACUUGCUCCGUCUCCGACUGCACUUUUCCGGCGAACCAAACGCAUGCAACUCCAGAUUGCGUGCUGAAUAACGAAGGUUACGAAAAGUGUGUUGCGAAAAUGAAAAGUGAUGUUAUUGUGGCUACGGCUUUAGCUUCUAUGAUUGGGUCAUUUGCUAUGGGCUUAUUGGCGAAUCUUCCUUUGGGCUUAGCUCCAGGUAUGGGCCCAAAUGCUUAUUUAGCUUAUAAUUUAGUGGGCUUUCACGGGUCUGGAAAAAUGUCUUAUCAGACUGUUAUGGCAAUUUUUUUAGUUGAAGGCUGUGCGUUUUUAGCAAUAGCUGUAUUUGGGCUUCGUGGGAGGAUAGCCCGGUUUAUUCCUCAGCCCGUUAGGUUAGCUUGUGCGGCUGGUAUUGGGCUUUUUAUUGCAUUUGUGGGCUUACAAGCCCAUCAAGGUGUGGGCUUAGUUGGCCCAGAUCCAUCUACCUUGAUCACUCUUUCUGCGUGCACCAGUACAAAUCCGGUGACCGGAGAAUGCACCGGCGGGAAAAUGCAAAGUGCAACUUUCUGGUUAGGUUCAGUUGGGUUUAUAAUAAUGUGUUAUGGAUUAAUGAAGGAGAUUAAAGGGAGUAUGAUAUACGGUAUCCUCUUUGUGACGUUAAUUUCAUGGAUUAGGAAUACUGCUGUUACGGUUUUUCCUAAUACUCCAUCUGGUAAUUCAAGCUAUGAGUAUUUCAAAAAAGUGGUGGAUUUUCACAAAAUUGAAUCUACAGCUGGAGCUCUAGAUUUUACGCAUUUCAACAGUGGUGAAGUGUGGAUAGCUUUAGUAACAUUGUUAUACAUAGACGUGUUAGCUUCAACAGGUACAUUGUAUACCAUGGCUGAAAUUGGGGGAUUUGUGAAUGAAGACGGAGAAUUUGAAGGCGAAUAUACCGCGUAUAUGGUUGAUGCAGGAUCCACAAUAGUUGCAUCAACUCUAGGAGUUUCACCUGUAGCUACAUUUGUAGAAUCAUCAGCUGGGAUCAGAGAAGGUGGAAGGACAGGAAUAACCGCGAUUGUCGUUGGGUUUUAUUUCCUAUUGUCUUUGUUCUUCACACCUUUGAUUGCUAGUGUGCCACCAUGGGCUAUAGGUCCAUCUUUGGUUAUAGUUGGGGUGUUGAUGAUGAAAGUUGUGAAGGAUAUUGAUUGGAAUAAUAUUAAGCAUGCAGUACCUGCAUUUGUGACUAUGGUGUUAAUGCCUUUGACAUACUCAAUUGCCAAUGGUAUUAUUGGUGGAAUUGGGGUGUAUAUUGCUCUAAGUUUGUAUGACAACAUGGUGAGUUGGGUGAAGUGGUUGAUGAGAAUGAAAAAAAUGGUGGUGAAAGAGCAAAAUCAGGUGUCAGCUACUGCAGAUCAGAGUAUUGAAGUAGUUUGAUAUUUUCGACGUUGAUCGAUGCUAGUUCGUUUGGGUUGGAGUAGUUUUUUUUUUCUUUUCUUUUCAUGUAGUGACAGUAGAUGCACAAGCCACCGUGAUAGGGAAGGUGUUAUAGAAGGACCUUUCAAGGGCGCUUGUGCAUUUUUGAACUGUGGUAUUUCAAUAUAAAUAUAAUGAUGCCUUUUCUUA